AUGCCUCAAUCUCAAUCCAAGCUUCGGCCGCCAGAGCACACAAACAAAGCGUACAAUGUCACAGUCAAGGUCAUGGAUGCACAACCCCCGUAUUACUAGAUGGUGGCACUGGACUACUACACUUACGGAAAUGGGACAAUUGGGCCCCAAGGAUCUGAAACCCAAGUCUUCAUAGUGGCCAUGGAUUCGUCCACGCCCCCACUCUGGAAUCAGACCGGGAUAGAGUUUCAUUAUGCGUCUGACGCAGCCUCGCGAGUCGCCCCCAUCGCCGCCGCGGCACUCGCUGGAGCCCUGGCUCUCGCCAUAUUGGCCUGUUCAUCGCUUCUUUGA